AGCGCAACACGGACAGGCUGCUCUCUAACAUAACGCACCGGGGCUACAAAUACCUUUAAAGCUUCACUUAUUUCACUGCUGGGGGAAAAAAAAAGGAAAACAGAUUAAAAAAAAUCCUCGUUUUCCUCCGCUAUUUCUAUUACGUGGUUUAAUAUCUGAUUUACGAGCUCAGACGCGGAACAAUUAAUGUGACAUUUCCUUCUGAGCACCAAGACAUUGAGAGAGGACUUCAUCAUCUGUAUCGCAGGCAGGAGGAGCAGUGCUGCGACAGGUGAACACAUGGAGCAUGAAAGGCUGGAGCUGAGGCUCAGCUGACCCCUCUCCCCUUCCAUCUCCUCCUCUCCCCCUCUUUCUCUAGUUGAUCAGUAGCUCCCCUUUUCCUUCUUAUCCCUCCCUGCCUCACCCUGUUGGAUCUUAUCCGACCUCCCCCUGCAAGCCUCAGUCAGCAGGGCCCAAUGUAUUCCCCGGAGCAGGAAAACAUCUCCACCACCUCGUCCACCAAAGUGCCAGUGAAGUACGGGGAGCUCAUUGUGCUGGGGUACAAUGGCUCUCUGCCCAAUGGAGACCGAGGCCGACGCAAAAGCCGCUUCGCACUUUAUAAGAGGCCGAAGGCAAACGGGGUGAAGCCCAGCACAGUUCAUGUCGCCUGCUCCCCACAAGCAGCCAAGGCCAUAAGCAACAAAGACCAGCACAGCAUCUCUUACACUCUGUCGCGAGCCCAGACGGUGGUGGUGGAGUACACUCAUGACAGCAAUACUGAUAUGUUCCAGAUCGGCCGAUCCACAGAGAGUCCGAUAGACUUCGUGGUGACGGACACAGUGGCCGGCAGCCAGAGUAACUCAGACACCCAGUCGGUCCAGAGCACCAUCUCCCGCUUCGCCUGCCGCAUCAUGUGCCAGCGCACGCCGCCUUACACGGCUCGCAUCUAUGCAGCGGGCUUCGAUUCCUCCAAGAACAUAUUCUUGGGGGAGAAAGCUGCAAAGUGGAAGACGCUCGACGGACAGAUGGACGGGCUGACCACUAAUGGCGUGCUGGUGAUGCAUCCUCGCAACGGCUUUAUGCAGGACUCCAAACCGGGAGUCUGGAGGGAGAUCUCUGUUUGUGGAAACGUCUUCACCCUGCGAGAGACGCGCUCGGCGCAGCAGCGGGGGAAAAUGGUGGAGACUGAAUCUCAGGAGCUCGUUGACGGUUCGCUCAUCGACCUCUGCGGCGCCACCCUCCUGUGGCGCACGGCUGAGGGCCUGUCCCGCACCCCGACCCUCAAACACCUGGAGGCGUUGCGUCAGGAGAUCAACGCGGCCCGGCCGCAAUGUCCCGUUGGUUUCAACACGCUGGCCUUCCCCUCCAUGCGGCGGAAGGACACUCCUGACGAGAAGCAGCCCUGGGUCUAUCUGCAGUGCGGCCACGUGCACGGUUACCACAACUGGGGGAAUCACCGCGAGGAGAGGGAGGGCCGGGAGGGCCGUCUGAGGGAGUGCCCCAUGUGCCGGGCGAAAGGCCCUUAUGUGCCGCUGUGGCUGGGCUGUGAGGCGGGUUUCUAUGUUGACGCGGCUCCGCCCACUCACACCUUCAACCCCUGUGGACACGUUUGCUCUGAGAAGACAGCGGCCUUCUGGAGCCAAAUCCCCCUCCCACACGGCACCCACACUUUCCACGCCGCCUGCCCCUUCUGUGCCCAGCAGCUGAGCGGCGAGCGGGGCUUCAUCAGACUCAUCUUCCAGGGGCCCCUCGACUAGCCGGGAGGGGAGGGACCCCUCCGCAUGUUUUUCCUCUCUGGACCUUUUGCCUCUGUCUCCUUUUUAAGUGACCUUUGUAUUGAUUUUUCAUGAAUGACAAACAAAUUUCUAUAUUUUCAUGAAACCAGAGACACAAAACAAAAACCAAACAAAGAACACUGCGGGGUGAACUUUUGAUUCACGAAGAGAACUCUCAUCAGUAUUUAUCGAAAUCACUGACACGCCCUCGUGCAAACAUGCGAUUUUUGUUCGAGUAUUUGUUGCAAUACACGUGUACAUCUCUCAGAGCCUAUUUAAAGAAAUAUGUUUAUUUAUGACCCAGAACAUCGCUUCAACCUUUAUCUGUCAGAAAUCCCUAAUCCUGAAGUGAUUACCUUUAAAAAUCCAGCAUAUUGUUAAUCAUACUUGAUGUUUUAGGUGUUUUUUUUUCCAAAGGGUUUUAUUCUGUGUUCUCCUAUCAAAGCCAUUCAGUGUAUUUAUAUACAACACGUCCUCAUCGACUACUUUGUACGACGUUUCAAGUUCAGAGCAAUAGAUUUGCAGCAGAAACCUCCUCAAGCAUUAAAGGAGCCUCUGAGGCGUCUUUAUCAAUGCCUGCACAGCCGCUGCCCUCCCUUUAACGAGUGAAUCUCUGUUAGCCAUAAAAACGCAAUGAUGUAGCCGUGGACUCCCACACUAACCUGAACUGUUUUAUUUAUUCUAAGGAUAAAAUGGGCUAAUAGACAGGAACUCGCGGUACAGACGUUUACCGGGUGUGGAUGGCGACUUAAUUCAGCCUGCUUGGCUGCUGGGAUGUAAGUGAAGGUCCGAUUCUGAGGCAAGAAAUCGCAGGGAUCUCAAAAUGCUUUUGGUGCCUCGGCAGCGCCCUCUGCUGGUAACUGGGGAUGAGUAUCUCCGAAACAUGCUGGGCUCCUUUCUUGUAUUGAAGGAAGUUAAAAGUAUUUUUUUUUCUCACGAUGAGAUGCACCAAUCAGGCUUUUCCAGUCUGAUUCUUCAAAGUUUGACUUACAAUUCUAAUUUUUAAUAAACUGAUUUUUAUUUUCUUCCUCAGCACUAAUACAGAUACGAGGAUAAAUAAAAAGCAGGUUAUUUCAAAAGGGAGGAAAUCAUCAGCUUUCCCAUUUAUGCAUUGCAACAUAUGUUCUUACCCUUUAAACUCAAAAAGUGCAUCAUGUUCUUCCUUGUAGUGGAUGCAGUCUUCAAAGUAUAUUAGUUCUUAGUUUUGUUUUGAAGCAUUUAAUGACAUUUGGAUUUUUUUUUUUUCAGGAUUUGAUCGCUGCAUCUCUACUUUGAUUGAAUAAUCGCAGUGCUGGAGAAUUCACUGAUCCGAUAUAUUGACUGUAGCCCACAGAGGUUUGAAGCCUUUGAAAAGAAAAACGUGUUUAUUUUACCAGGGCUUUGUGACAAUUUGUGCUUUUCAGAAAGCAUCUGCAUGUGUUACUUUUUUAUACAUGUGGAGCAAUAUAGGGAACCGAAUAUCAGGGCUGCCUGGUCUUAGUUUUUUUUUAAGACAAAGGAUUAUUAUUUUAGUUAAAAUUCCAUAGUAUUUUAAAAAAGCAGGAUUUAAACUAAUUUAUUUAAAAUACAAAAGCCAUCAUUAUUCCUUUUGCUAAUAAUGAUAUUGAUUAUUCCAUAAUUAUGCAGUAUUAGAAUAGCUGUAAUGAGGUUAUCUAUAUAUUUAUUUAUUAUGAAAUAGUUAUAUGACUUAAUCAAGAAUAUAAAAUGAACAAAGUCAAAAUCUAGAGGCUUAAAGCAUAAAUCAUUAGUUUCAGUUCAUAUAUAGUGGCACAAGCUGAGGUCAGCUGGUUAACUUGUCGGGCUGGUAGCUGGCCUGCAGUCUGCUGCUUUACGGUCAUGCUGUUUUUUUGUUUUUUUUUAGCUAGUUAUACUUUGAACAAUCUAAAAAGGUUAUCUUUGUUUUUAGAGAUACCAUAAGUAUUUUCGUAAAUCUGAAUUUGUCUUUUUGUUCAAGUAGAAAGUGCAGAGAUAGAAUUUAGGGAGGGAUCACUUUGAAACUUUCUCCUGUAAAUCAUUAAGGUUUCAUUAAAGAUGAAGCACGUUUGGAGCUGCAUCUUUAAUAUCUCUUAUCAGUCCAUACCUGCUACAAACCAAACCUUUCCACGGUGUAUUUACCCUCUGUUAGGCUGCUUAAGAAACCAUGCGUGGUUUUAAUAUCUAAAGCCAACAAGUAAUGUUUCAGAUAAUUAUUAGAUGGAAGGAUUUGUGUUUACAGACUAUAGAUUGGGACUUAUUCUGAGAAAAUGGCAAACUGAGGCAGUCCUGAUAUGUUACCUUUGAAUAAAAGCACAGAUUCUCCCAAACUCCUACUGCCGAACACACAUUAGAGGCUGACAUGAGCGAGACACACUCUGAAGCUGUAGAUAAAACUGAAGCGUCUCUUCUGAACAGCUCCUGCAGAUCCUCAACGGUCGUUUCUGUGUUUGUAUGUGAGAAAGAGAGAGAUUGUAAUUUAACGGGUUGAUUGUAUGUGUUUAGUUUCUGUCCACGCAGUAGCUCUCCUCGUAUCCUCAGGCUGCGACACACUAACUCACCUCAGGGAGAAACCGAUGACCCGUGCACACGCUUGUACACCCUAUGCUACAGCCAUCUGAGGAUACAUCACAAUGGAUUAAAAAAAGAAAAGGCCUCUCCUUCUCCCAGUCCUGUUUGGUCUUCUUUAUGGACUCUGUGUGAUUAAAGGGCUUCCCGCUGUUUCUGUACCGUUAUCUCAGCCCUGUUUGGACGCAAACAACCCGGCAUCGGUUCAUCCCCACCGUCCUCCUUCUGUCUUUGUGCUUGUAAAAGGCAAAAUCAAAGAAUGUUUCCAGCAAAACACUUUUUGUAUCAACUUUAAACAAUAAAGUGU